AUGGUCGACGUAGAUUACCUUGGUUAUCCUCUAUGGAUCCGUGACCCGGGUAAAAUUCUAUAUCCGCCUCUACCACUGUCGGUCUCAAAGGUCCUGGAGGGCUGGCCGGUAGACCCUGAUACCUUAAUUUUUCGACUACCCAGCGAAAUUCUAUCACAAAUCGUUCAGGACAUCGACAAAAAAGACCUGGCAUCUCUCGCUCUGGUCAACAGUGCCUGUCGUCAACUUGUUCGAUCCCGUCAGUUUGCUAGCGUUACCAUGAAUUAUAGUGAGGAAUCUUGUGAAAUCCUGGCUCAACUUAUGCGCGAGUCGAAAGGAUUCCUGAAUAACGAGUGUCCUCGAUGGCAUCUCAGUACAAGAGAGAUCCUGUCAGAGGAUGAUCCAUCAAGAGCAUUAGGGAAUGAAAACGAUCGAAUUGGGUUUGAGGAAUUUACUCUCAACAUACUAUCGUUAAUCCGAGGACCUUCGAGAUUACCUCAUUUAGAGACAGUCGAAUGGCGUAACAGUCACGAUAUCCCAAUAGCCGACGACUACUUCAUUGACACCGUGACAUCGUCGUCAAACCUUCGGAAUAUUGUGCUUUGCAACUUACGUACCUCUAAGCAACUAUCACAUGCCAGACAAAGUCCUAGCACGCCAAGUCAACAGCUUCAAUGCCUCUUCAUUCAGAAUUGUACUUUCGAUAAUGAGGACAAAGCAGAUCAGAUCAGAGUCAGAGACUUGAUACGUGGGUCUUCCAAGAGUCUUGAGACUCUGUUCUGGGAUCUAGAGGUUUACUAUAACAAAAGUCACGUACAAAAUGUGCAAUACUCCCUUGUCGACGACGACUCCCCGGCACCAGUCUUCGAGAAUCUUCGCAACUUGUCUCUCAAAGCAGCGUUCUCGGAUGUUCAAACAUGGAAGUGUCUAUUGGCUCCACAGCUCCGUAUCUUAGACAUACGAGCCUACGCGGCAGACGAUCUUUCCGACCAGUGUCUUCAAGAAUUAGGUCACAAACGAAACUUGCACACAUUUAGUUGGGCGCGCUCAGCGGCUAAGAAAACCAGCGUACCUCUUGCAUUCUUAAAAGCCAACACGCAGAUAUCGCGCCUAGGAUUGGCGGUAGAAGGACGUGGUGGAAGCAAACCUGAGCAUGCAUUAGAGCAUGAUGUCCUCCCUUUGUUAAUACAUGCCUUCCAAUCUCUCACCUCGCUACAGAUCUUCUGGGAUGGGUGGCAUCUACCAGCUGCGAAUCUCGAGAUGAUCAGUCAGAUAUCCACGUUGGAGGAAAUCCAUCUUGGCACAUGUUCUACCAACUGGUCUCUCGACCACGAUGUGAUUCUAAACAGUCUCGGAAACCUCGCUAAACUCAAGAGAAUCGGCUUCAGUCACGACGAGCACCGCAUGCCAGUUUUCAGACUUUUAAAUGGUGACCUGUAUUUCAACGACGAUGAAACCCCACUUGAUCCUGGUGUAAACCCCAAUCGUGUCGCCCAUGACAGAUUGGAAGACAUAGCGAAUAGCUAUCUUGCCGUAUUUCAACGUUUAGAAUGGCUUGCAUUUGAUAAUGUUUCUUUUCUAACUUCCGGAUCAGUGGACGAUGGUUCGAGGCGGAUGGCUACUGCUAAUUCUGAGAUUUAUCGACAUUUUCUCGAUGGGGUGUUUUAUUAG